UUUUUCUUUUUCGUUUAUUGUUUCACCACUGAACAAGAAGAUUGUGUGCAAAACUAGAUUUGCUUUCAGAAACACUUUUAACGUCAAUUCUUGUUUGACUAAAAUGAAGAUUUAAUUUGCUGAUGUGGAAUAAUUUGCUAACGUAAAAGGAGCUGGUAUCCUAAGGCGACAUGGCGCAGAAGAUGAUAGUUUUCAUUAUUGCUACUGGAAUCCUAGCCUACUAUAUUUAUACACCUAUUCCAGAGGAAGUUGACCAGAAGUUAAAAAUAACAAUGCUCAAUAGCCUUAUUAGAACAUGGGAUCAUGUGGGACAGCUGCUUGAAUGGCUGGGGUGGAGACACGUUAUGCAUUCAUUGAGGAUACUCACUGACAUGCAAAAUAUACCAGCACUAUCAGAUGAGAACAUAACAGUGACAGAUACUAUAUUUAGUGGUGUGCCUGUUCGUCUGUAUGUACCUACACAGCAGACUAAUGAACUAAAGCGAGGCAUUAUUUAUAUUCAUGGUGGAGGCUGGUGUUUAGGAAGUCCUGCAAUGAAGUCCUAUGACACUGUUUCACGAAAUACUGCAAAAGAUCUUAAUGCUGUUAUUGUGUCAACAAGUUACAGAUUGGCACCAGAGUUUCAUUUUCCUACUCAGUUUGAUGACGUCUAUACAGUAGUAAAAUAUUUCCUUCAGGACCAUAUUCUUGCUGAAUACUCUGUUGACCCAGAAAGGACAGGAAUUUCAGGAGACAGUGCAGGAGGAAAUCUAGCCGCUGCUGUAACACAACAGAUUGCAGAAGAUGCAGAAGUAAGAAAUAAACCAAAGAUCCAGGCCCUAAUUUAUCCAGCUCUUCAACCCAUAGACUUUGACACACCAUCUUAUCAGCAAAAUAAAAACAUGCCUUUGCUGACCAAAUCACUAACAGUACGAUUUUGGAGUGAAUAUUUUGCAAAUGAUCCUUCUCUUUAUCAUGCUAUGGCUUCUAACACCCACAUGGCUUUGGAGUUUAAUUACUUAUUUACAUUUGUAAACUGGAGCAUGUAUUUACCAGAAAAUGUGAAACAAUCAUACACUUACAGCGAGCCAAUGUUUGGAAAAGCUGAGCUUCUACAGAAAUAUCCAGGUCUUAUGGAUUCAAGAGCAGCUCCAUUGCUUGUUAAGGAUUCAAAGCUGAAACUGUUACCCAAAACUUAUGUUAUGACAUGUGAAUAUGAUGUUUUACGAGAUGAUGGUAUCAUGUACGUUAUGAGGUUAAGAAAUGCUGGAGUCUCUGUAACUCAUUAUCAUGUCAAAGAUGGUUUGCAUGGUGCUUUAUCACUUAAUUCAUGGCCAUUUGACUUAGAAAAUACAAAAAUAGUUGAGGCACACUAUAUUAACUGGCUGGAUAAAAAUCUGUAAGCCUUUUGUUUGAUGUAAAAAAAUAUAAUACUAAGUGAAUAUUG